AGCGCAUUCAUUCCUUGCCAAGACCACGCUGCUCAACCGGCAGCAUCACAGCGCCUGGCUCUUACACAAUGUCGAGCCAGCAGAGCGUGACAGACAGCAAGGGCAAAUCUGGAUCGAAGAACAAGCAGAACCCCAAAAACGUUAGUAAUGAGAGCAGCGGAGUCGCCAAGUCUUCUUUGAUUCCCGUUUCCAUUCGCGCGCCCCGAGCUUCGGAACCCACUACGAGCGCACAAGCAUCAUCCGAUUCCCCCUCUGUCUCCUCCUCCUCCUCCUCCAGCUCUCAGGCGAAGCGCGCUUCUGCCUCUUUGGGCGUUGCAGACUCCCGACCACCUAGCAGAUUGCGUGCUCCCUCCCCUCGCCUCUCUGCGCCAAGAGGUGCUUCUCCCGAACCAGACGCGGCGUCAGCGAAUACAUCGCUGCCUGUUCCGUCUUCUCCAUCUCGACCAGUGUCCCCAUCUGGCUCUCCUCGAACGUCUUCCAUACCACGCAUUCGAUCAUCGGGAAUUCUGCGCUCACCCUCUUCCUCUUCUUCUCUUUCCGCUCCCGAUCGCUCUCCCUCGCGCACACCUUCCUCGCCACGCCUCGCUCCUCCUUCGCCCUCAUCAUCUUCCACCUUGCUUGCCGGGUCUGCUCGUCCAAAUUCCCCUUCUUUGAUACCGUCGCCCGUUUCACCUUCUCGAUUGCCGCGCCCUGCGUCUCCACUGCACCCUUCUCGAUCUCCCUCUGCCUCUCUUGCAUUUGCUGCGGGUGCCUCCACUAACAUCGCAUCACAACACUCGCCGGAUGCUCAGCAAAGCAACCCGAACAAUAAGCCCACUGCUAAGCCCGAGACGCCAAACAACGCGCUGCCUCAGCCAGCCCUGAGCUCCGACGCUCCCCCGCAGCCUGCUCCAGAGAACGAAACAUGGCACCGAGGCACUGGACACAUCGCGCCAUCUUCCAAGCCUCCUGUGGGAGGACCUAAUGCGGAAAACGCUCCGGAGCCGAGUCAUGCAGGCGAAGAACCCGAGUUGAUCGAGAUGGACAAGAGCGAGCUGACGCCCAAGGUCGCGCCUGAAGAGUUGGCCAGACGAAAGGUGGCCGAUGCGAAGAAGGAGGAAGUCAAAGAUCAGACUUCGGAAGAGAGCCGCAGCGAGGACAAGCCGUCUGAGCAGCAAAAAGGCGCCGAGCAGCCCAAGCAGGAUCGGCAAAAGGAAGCGCAGAAGAGCGACGCUUCGCAGCAACCUUCGAACGCUUCUGCCCCAUCGGCAUCCAAACCUGCCGAGAAGACUGCUGCACCGCCUAUCGAAUUUGUUGCGCUCUCUCGCUCUGUACACGUUCACCGACCUGCACCUCAGCACAGAACGACGAAGCUUAGGACAGAGGAGCCUCCGUUGCAACCUCUCGAUCGCAGCCCGCAGGUUGUGCUGAUCUUCGGCUGGAUGGACGCCCCGCUACGUCUCGUCUCGCGCUACGCAGCGCCUUACGCUGCUUUAUAUCCGAGAGCUACACUAGUUCUCAAGCUCUCGACAGGGCAAUCAUACAUGGCUUCCGCAGCUGCACGACACGCGGCGCUUCAAAGCGUGGUCAAGGUGUUGCAAGAGGAAGGAGCAAGAGAAAACUCGAUUGCUGAGCUUCAUGACCAGUACGAGGAGAGGCGAGAGAAUCAAGGACUGCUUACAAUGGACACGCAGAAGGUCAAGGAGAUGGAAGAACAGGGAAGACCCAAGAGCAGCUUCACUCCUCCACCCAAAGGCAUGAUCAUUCACAGCUUCUCCGAUGGAGGUGCAUCCAAUCUCUCGCAGCUGCUCUCCAUGCUUCCAGCAGAUGUGCCCGCUCCUCGUGCUGUCAUCUUUGAUUCGAGCCCGGGCAAGCAGACGGCAUGGUCAGGAGCGACAGCCUUCACCAUGCCGAUGGCCAAGUCGAUCUUGCUUCGUGCCGUGGUCAGGUCAGGACUCUACGCUUUCCUGACCUUCGUCCUCGCUUUCAAGCGUCUAUUCGGCAUGAGGACGUGGAGCGACUUGGUGCGUGCUGCUUUGAACUCUCCGAAGCGGUGGACACCAGGCUUGGAGACUCGUACGAUACAAGGUAGCGGAUCCAAUCGAAAGCUGGACAAGACUGCCAAGAAUGGAGGCGCUGCGACGGGUACGUCGCUAGAAGCGGCCAAGCUUCCACCCAGAUUGUACUUGUACAGCAAGAUCGACGAGUUGAUAGAGUAUGAAGCCGUCGAGGCUCAUGCCGCCGAGUGCAGCAAGAAGCUAUCCGCUCCGCAGCCCAAACCUCAACAGAUCAGAAAGAGCUCCUCGGCAGCUCCUUCGGAAGAGGAAAAGAAGAGUGGCGCAAAGCCCCCCAACGUUUCUGCGCCCGUGAAUCUGGUCAGGUGGGACGAUGCUCCUCAUUGCGGUAUUGCACGAAACGACUUUAAGGGUUAUUGGUCCACAGUCCGCAGCUUCCUCGAUGCUCACAUCAUCUAAGGAUAAGUUCCCGCAGCUAGGAUCUUCAGCAGAAUGUCAUGCAUAUCGAUAUGAAGUUACGGCGAUUUUGACCCAGCCAAAUUUUGGACGUCAGGCACUCGUCUUGAAGAGUCUGGUCGUGAGGGUAAGCGACGAAGCGAGGAGCACAAAGGAGAGCAGGCGGCGCAAGACUCUGAUGAUGGCAGCUCUAGUCAGGUC